AUGGGGCCACGGGUUUCUAUGUUCUGUGCCCUGCUGCAGGCAGCUGCAGCUCCUGAAGCUGCCAGCCGGAAGUCAGAAGCUGAGCUCGACCACGGAGGAUGCUGUUGUUCGCAUUUGUUCGCCUUGGUCUUGCGCUGUACGAGUAAGGUAGACGUGAAGCGCUCCGAGCUGCAGUCGCCGCUCUUCACAGUCCUCCUCAAGUCUUCGCUGAAGCCUUCGGGGGAGCCCAGCCCAGACAAGGUUCUCGAGACCGGGCCUUGCGUGGACGAGGAGGAAGCGGAGAGGGCACAGCAGCAGGUGUGGCUGGUAACCCGACGGAAACUUCUCAGCUUCCGGAAGCUUGCUGAGGACACCGUGCCGCCUGAGAUGGUUGGCCUCGGAACAAAGCAGAUGAUGCUUCCAAGUAUGGACAUGCCCAAGCGGCAGCAGUCUGAGCCAUGUCCGUCCAAAAGCACGGCGAAGCCAUUGUUGCGCCAAACCUCCACAAGAGAGCCAAGGAAUCGAGCCGGCUCGAAAGCAUCCCUGUCUCCUCCUUUGGCAUUGCCGAGCCCAUCAGCAAAUGCGUAUCGCGUUGGGCAGCAGCCAAAGAGUGAGAUAGAGAGCCUGAAACGGAAGGUGCAGAGCCUGCUGAACAAAGUUUGCCCUGAGAAUUUGGCUGCCAUCGUUGGGCAAAUAGCCGCUGUUCAGGUAGAAGGGCAGGAGCAGCUCGAGGCCAUCAUUGAACUGAUCUUCCGAAAAGCAGUCACUGAGCCACACUAUUGUGAGACGUAUGCUGAUCUUGUCUUCAGCUUGAAGUCGGUUUACCCAGACUUCCCAAGUCCUGACGGCGGCAAGCCGGUGACAUUUCGAAGUUUGGUGCUUAACAUUUGUCAGAACGAAUUUGAAGAGCUUUUGGCAUCUUCCGAUCUUACGGAAGAAGAAAAGGCUAACUGUGAUGCAGAGGAGAAGGCACACCUCAUCAAGGAGAAAAAGGACAGGAUGUGCGCAAACAUGAAGUUUAUUGGCCACCUGUUCUUGCGACAACUACUCUCUACGAAAGUUGUCGGCUCCGUCAUUUGUGAAUUGGUGUGUUUCGAAGAUGAUGCUGCGCUGCCCGAUGAGCACGCGUUAGAGUGUGCCUGCGAGCUGCUCCUCACUGCCGGUUACACGAUGGAAAGCCUCCCAGCAGGAGAAAUUGCUCUUAGGCUGGCGUGCGACAGGCUGAAGGACCUGAAGACACGCAAAAUGCCCGAGGGAAAGAGUGCGUACUCCAAGAGGAUGCAGUUCAUGAUCCAGGAUGUCCUGGAAACUCGUGCGGCGGGUUGGUCCAAGAAGGUCUUCAAGGCCACGGCCAAGACCAAAGAGGAGUUGAGAAGUUCUCAGGACAAGGCAAGUGGAAAAGAUGCCGUGGCAGAACACGUGGUCACAGGCAAACGGCCCGUGUACCUCGGCUCCAGGUGA